AAAGAGAGAACGAGGGAGUAAAGCAAAGCAUGUUGCCAGUGUUGGCUCCGUAACUCACUGUGAGCGGAGACGGGAGGGAGAGCAAAAAAGAGAGACAGAGAGUCACACAUUCACACACUCUCUCAAUCACCCUCAUUCACACACACACACAUAAACUCUCACAUUCUCGCAGAUUCAGAGGUGCCUUGCUUAAGAGACUCUGUUACGCACGCCUGCAGGGUUGAGAAUACUUUCAGCAUUGAAAACUGGGCUAGAACAGAGGACUGGAGCACCGGGACAGACCCCAAAGCAGACCUUCUUCAAACAGGACCUUUACAGCAUGUAAAGCCGGACAGACAGAUAUGUGCACCAUCCAUCCUUAACAUUCUUCCGUUUCAUUUCUCCAUCCGUGCCUCCCUCCCACCUCUCCUCUCAAGUGGUGUGAAGGACACGGAGCUACGGGUUCCUCAGCGCUCGCCGCCUGGUUGCCUUACGGGAGUCUGGGGGAGGCUUGGUGCUCCCCUCCGCUCUCUCGCGCUCUCACUCGUUCAUGAAUGUCACCUCUAUCUGCGGAAGCUGCUGGAAUUUACAAACACUCUCUCGGGAGCUUGAGGAAAGAGAGCAAAGGGGAAUGUCUGAAGGGCUGAAAAGGGAAAGAACUUCCGAUUCCUCUCAUCCCUAUCCAUCUGAUCAUCCACAGACAUGAGGUUCAGGGUUAAUGACAUCAGUUUUUGACUUUUAGUCAAUGUGUCUGUCUCUUUUUAUUUUUUGCAGUCAUAGUGUCAUGGAUGCGAUACUUCGUAAUCAGGUAAUGGAGUUUCACUAAGAUCGUCUCAGGAUAUUGUUCCUUCGUAGGACCUGUAUAAUUGCUUCAUGCUAGUCUUGAUGUUCUUCAUUUUAGCCGUUGGAACCGUACGGAUAAAACAAUUGGACUUUUUAAUGUCUUUUUCCAAAUCAUAUGUAAAACGAUUUUCAACCUGAGAGCUUUCUGAAAACCGACCCCAAACUAUGGGAGGAAAGUGAGGGACAUCUGCAGGGAACAGAGCCGAAAAGGAAAAAUAUGAUGGUGCUUUGAUGGCUUACUUAUAUUUCAGAAUACCAGUACAGUUCCAUGGAUCAUCUGCUGCCACUUUUCCAGUCUCUAUUCUGUGCAACGAGACCUAAAAUACAACAAGCAAUCCUAACUACGACAACUGCUGUUCAUCAGAAUCAUCCCACCAGUUGUGACGCAUUCUUCCCUUGGUUACUGUGGGAGAUCCCGCUGUAGUCCAAACAUCUGCCGUCUCCGGCUCCUCUCCUCCGUGACCCUGGGUGAUCGGACAGGUGGGCAGGCCACUGACGCCCUCUGCGCCCCACGGGUGAGCUGGGCACAGCAAAAUGGCUGCCCUCGCCAGCUCACUGAUCCGGCAGCGAAGGGAAGUCAAGGACCCCAAGGCCAACCGGCAGAUCUCCAACAAACGCAAGCCUUGCCCCAAGAGCAACAAGUCACUCUGCCAGAAGCAGAUCCUCAUCCUCAUCUCCAAAGUCCGGCUUUGUGGCAGUCGAGGAAGAAAGCUAGAAAAAAGACCCGAGCCGCAGCUGAAAGGGAUCGUCACGCGCCUGUAUUGUCGGCAUGGCUUCUACCUGCAGAUGUUACCCGAUGGCACCUUGGACGGCACAAAGGACGAAAACAGCUCCUUCUUGCUGUUCAACUUGAUUCCUGUGGGCUUGAGGAUAGUCGCCAUCCAGAGCACCAAGACUGGGCUCUACAUAGGCAUGAAUAGUGAGGGCUACCUCUACACAUCAGAACAUUUCACACCGGAGUGUAAGUUUAAGGAGUGUGUGUUUGAGAACUAUUACGUGACGUACUCCUCGAUCUUGUACCGUCAAACGCAGUCGGGACGGGCCUGGUACAUUGGUAUAAACCGGGACGGACAGGUCAUGAAGGGAAACCGGGUCAAAAAGACUAAAGGAGCAGCUCACUUCCUGCCCAAGCUCAUAGAGGUUGCCAUGUACAGGGAGCCAUCGCUACAUGAGGUUGCAGAGCAAAGCCCACCUCGGAAAACGGCCAAAACGUCAGACUCGCCCGUCCAUAAAAACAGCAAGAAAGAGCAUCUGCUGACAGUCCCUACAGCGUCCUAGCGGCAGGAGAAAUGCUUUGUUUGCACAGACAUGCCAUGAACGCCAGCAGUGGCACUGGAGGUUUGGUCCCUCCACCGAUACUCAGACGUUACCAACAAUGCAUCGGGGCUCAAAAGACCCUCGCCAACAGGUCUAAUGCCCUCCGCAGCUCCUUUUUGGUCUCUCCCGCUUCCAUAAUCAAGGGAAAAUACUGAGCAAUAAUAACCAUAAUGGUCUGGGCUUACAGUGCGACGAGAUGCUAUUACAAGAACCGCAACACCCGAAAGAAA